AAUAACUAAAUUAAAAAAAAAUACACCCCCCCAAAUAAUUAAAUUAAAUAAAUCAACAAUGUGAUAGCCAAAAAACAAAUCUUGCACACUCAAUCUUAGUAUGUAUUAACUAAAACAUGUGAUCGUAAUCCUUACAUAAGUUAACAACUAGUUAUCUUGUUUCAUCUCAAGUAGAAGCAAAUAAAUUAUGUGAUCCGGGUUUAAUCGUUCGUUCGUUAAUUAAAAGAAAGGGAAUGAAACGCGUUCGGUUUUCGAGUAUUGUUACAAUUAUUAAACACGUCCUUGACGCGACAAUCUGAAUGCGACAUUGAUCUGAAUUUGUAUCAGAGCUGAUCGCUAACAGCCGGAAACAAUGCGGGAUUCCAAUCGUCGCGCGCUCGGCUUUCUGCUGACGAUGCUGACGACUUCUCUGGCGGCUUCACCAUCGCCGCCGAACGGCUGCAAACUCUCAGAAUUCCGGUGCGAAAAUCGGAAGUGCGUGCCUCUGACGAGGUUCUGCAACAACGCCAACGACUGCGGGGAUUCUUCAGAUGAACCCAGAUACUGUACAC